UUACGCAGCCUUUGAUUCGAUCGUGCUCCGAAGCACAGCAACUUCUUUUCUUUGAUAGGGCAGAAGAUAUUUUAUAAUCACUUUCUUGUCCUUGCACUUUGUUAUAAAUGGUAGAGAUCAGCCUGAGGUUGAGAGACCUGGCUACCAUACAAGACAAAGUACGAGGAGCAAAAUCAAAGUGUAGAAUACUAUACAUGAAGUCUUUCUUGUUUUUUCUUGUUCUGCUCUGUUUUCUCUCGUUUGUUGAGCUCAAUCAUGCAAGAAAGGAACCGAGGGAGAGUUAUUGGAAGAGCAUGACGAAAGAUCAGCCUAUACCGGGAGCAAUUAGAGACCUUUUCGUUCAAGAUCCUGCGGCCGGUGCUGACAAAAUGAACCAUUUUGUUAAGGAUUUUGAUACGAAGCACAACGCCAUCAUAUACCAUAGUCAUGAGAAGGACAAGCUGAAAGAAAAGAAAUCCAUGAAUCCCACAAAUACUUGGGAUCAUGAGAAAGAGAAGGAAUAAGAACAAUAAGUAGAAAAGUUGUGAUCCAAGGACUUAUCACUUGUGUUUGUUGAAUAUCAAGUAGUGUGCUUCGUAUUGAUUGAUUAGUGUAUAAGUCUGGUUGUGUUAUUAAAUAAUAAUUAAGCUUUUUCUGUGUUUA